AUGAGAGGGGACCUCCAAACACUAGGCGUUCGUUUGAAAAGACACCAAGCCAGGGCUCUGUUCUUGAUGAUUGUAGCGUUGCAGCUCGUCCACCUGGGAAAUAGCUAUCAAAGAGAACCAGACAGUGCCAGAGAAGUCAGCAAUAUCCCGUCUCCAAAGCUCCCAGGGACGGCACUGGAUGGGACCCUGAGUAAUUCCAGUGGAGGGAAUGGCAGCGGGGAGGCUUGGCUCCCAAGGGAUUCCCCUCCCUAUUCCAGGACCUUUGGAGAGAGUGUGGUCCCUGGAUCCCGCUGCUGCCACAACGGAGGCACCUGCGUUCUGGGCAGCUUCUGCGUGUGUCCUGAGCACUUCACAGGCCGCUACUGCGAGUACGACCAGAGGCGCAGAGACUGUGGCGCCCUGGAGCACGGAGCUUGGACCCUGCACAGCUGCCGCCUAUGCAGGUGCAUCUUCUCAGCCCUGUACUGCCUUCCACGCCAAACGUUCGGCCACUGUGACACGAAAGACUUCCUCUCUUCAAGGGCCAGAGGGUCAAGUGCAAGCUGCGCUCUGAGUGUCCCCUUGCUGCUGCUCUGCCUCCUCCUGCAGGGUGUGGCUGGUGAAGGCUGAGGCUCCUAAGCCCAGGGACAGAAUCCCCUGGGACUGCAAGGAGUAACCCUUGAUUGCACAUGGCGCCCCAGCCUGCCAGCAGGAAAGCUGGGCGGGCAGUGGGCAUCUGCGUGGAUGUUGUGUGUUGUGUUGUGUUGUAAAUAACAGAA